CUAAAGUAAAUUAGUAAACGCAUACACAUAUCUCCACCCUGAGGUUUCUCCGAUAAACAAACCACCCAAAUGGGGGAAUAUUCCGGCAAAUCGAAGAAGAAGAAGCGUCGGUACUCGGAAGAUUCAACCUCAUCUUCAUCUCCAUCGUCAUCUUCUUCAAUUUCCACUUCAGAAACCGACGACGAAUCUUCCUCGAAGCGGCACAAAAGCAGCCGGAAGCAUCGCCGGAGGCGGAGCAGCGAGAGGGGGAGUUCUAGGAGAGAGAAGGAGAAGAGGAGAGAGAAGCGGAAGAAAAAGAAGAGAGAGAAAGAUAGAAAGAGAGGCAGCAGUAGCCGGAGAUCAAAACCUAGGGUUUCGGAUUCUGAUUCUGAUUCAGAGGAGGAGAAGGAGUAUGGAUUGAAUGAUGGUGGUAGUGAUCCUUUAGAUGUGGUGAAAUUCAUAUUGGAGGAGUUUCCUGCUGUAGCUGAUGAUUUGGAGCAGCUUCUGCGCAUGAUUGACGAUGGACAAGCAGUUGAUAUAUCUGGUUUAUCUGAGAAGUCAUUAGUAAAAUAUCUUAAAAAGCUGUUCUUGUCCUUGAACCUCAACGAAAAGGGUAACUUGGUCUUUUUGUUGCCUUCUGGUGUUCCUCCCACUUUAGAGGUCGUCGGGUCUGUUAUAUCUAGAUCUAAAUCUCAAGGUCCGAGUGUUAAUGAUAAUCAUGAACCACCUAAUAAUUUACACACUGAACUACCAAAUGAGGAACGUAAACUUGAUGAUGGUGGCUCUAAUCCUACAUACACACAUGAUGACAUGCCAGCUCCUAAGAAGAGGGUUAUUGGACCUGCCAUGCCAUCUGCUGAAUUGCUUGCUGCAGCAGCUAAGUUAACCGAAGCAGAGGCUGAGUUAAGGGAAGCUGAAAUUGGUGAAGAUGAUGAACUAUUUAUUGGACCUCCACCUCCUGCUGUAGUCAAUGAGGCUGCAUCUGCAAAUGACGCAGAGCGUUUUGAGGAGGUCACAAGAAUUAUGGUGGCAGAGAUCGAUAACCCAUACGAUGUUGUUGGAGUCAAUAGGAAUAUGGCAGCUGACAGCAUUAAGAAAAGGUAUUGGAAGCUGUCUCUUAUGGUUCACCCUGACAAAUGUCCUCAUCCAGAAGCCCACCAAGCUUUUAUCAAGUUGAAUAAAGCUUUUAAGGAUUUACAAGAUCCUGUGAAGCGAAAAGCAAUGGAUGACAAGAUUGACGAGAAGGAGGAAAAGGAAAGAUUUAAGUUGGAGUUAAAAGCUAUGCGUGAAGCUGCACAAUGGAGGCGUUUGCAAGGUAUAUCUAUGGAGGGUGACGAGGCACUCUUAGCCGAUCUGGAUGUAAAAGAAGAGAAAAAAAGAGAUGAAUGGAUGACAACACUUCCUCCUGAAAGGAAACCUGGUGUGGCAACACAGCAAUCAACAAAAAGUUUUAGUAGGACUUCUAGAGAAGGGCGUGGUGAUACUAGUGCUUGGACCGAUACCCCUUCGGACAGAGCCCAGAAGGCUAAAACGAAUUAUCUGGAGGCAUAUAACGAGGCAGCAGCGCUUGCUGCAAAUGAUCAAGAUAAGAAAACAAGUAACGCUGAUGCUGAAUUGGUGGACCAAUACAAUAAAGCGAAAAGGUCAAAAUCAUUGGUGGAGAAGCAUCAAGAAUCAACCCGGGUUCGGUCAAAGAAGAAGUCAAAGACGGACAAAGAAAAACAGAAAGAAGAAUGGGAAGGUCAGCAUCCUUGGAAACCAUGGGAUCGUGAAAAAGAUUUGACUGGAGGACGACAAAACGUCAAACUAGAUGCUGAAAAUAUGGCACAAGGGUUGACUUCCCGGUUUUCUUCUGGAUCUUUUCAAAGAAAUUUUUUAUAGAAUAAUUUGUUGUACUCAUACAAAUCGGUUUUUAGUAAGACAUGUACCAAUUUUUCAAGCAAUUUCAAGAUUUUCAUUUAGAUUCAUUUAA